AUAAAAUGAUUAAAUUUAUCGACCCGAAGCCUCAAGUACGUAAAUUUAUGGACACCGCAAAAGAAACUUUGGAUCAUUACAAAGCUGGUUUUCAGUUAUUAUUUUACGAUAUCAAAAUCUCAUCUGCGUUAACAUGGAAACUUUUAAAAGGAUGUGCGCUUACGAGAAGGGAACGACGUCAACUCGUACGCACAACUGGAGAUCUUCUCCGUCUCGUUCCCUUUUCCAUUUUUAUUAUAGUCCCGUUUAUGGAAUUUCUUCUUCCAGUCGCACUUAAAUUGUUCCCGAAUAUGCUUCCAAGUACUUUUGAUAGCGAAAAAGAUAAAGAAGAAAGAAGGAAAAAACGGUUAAAGGUAAAAUUAGAGAUGGCGAAAGUUUUGCAAGAUUCCGUUGAAGAAAUUGCUUCGGUGAAUCCCAACAAAAUUGUGGAGUCUGACUUGAAAGUUAAAGAGAUGUGGGAAAAAUUACGCACCGGAACUUUUUAUAUUUCGCAAGAGGAAGUUAUUAAAUUUUUAAAAUUGUUUGAAGACGAAUUAACGCUCGACAAUCUCUCACGUAAACAAGUGGUGGCCCUCUGCAGAACGAUUGGCCUCCCUACUGUUGGGACCACUAAUUUUCUCGCCUUUCAACUUCGGAUUCGCAUGCGCCAAUUACGCGCUGACGAUCUCAUGAUACUAAAAGAAGGAGUCGAUAGCAUGACCGUUUCUGAGCUGCAGACGGCCUGUCAGGAUCGUGGCAUGCGCGCCAUCGGCAUUACUAUUGAGCGUCUUCGUUCUCAAAUGCGACAGUGGUUGAACUUAAAUAUAAAAGAAAAGGUCCCGACCACUAUUUUAUUGCUUUCACGAGCUUUAAUGAUUAAUCCAUCAAUUGAUCCUGACACUAUUAAGUCUUCUUUGCUAACGAACCUUUCGGAAAACUUAGUACACGAAACUGACUUACAAAAAAAGAGAAGCAGAGGAGAAAAUAUAGCCAAUCGAGAACGACUGGAAGUUAUUAGGGAGGAAGAUAAAAGAAUUGCUGAAGAACGAGAAGAAGAGAACGAAGAAAGUGGUACCGAAGAAAAGAAACCAGAAGAACAUGAAAGUAUUAAAGAGAAUGAAACUAAAACUUCCACACCUACAAGCGAUUCAGACAAAAAAAAAAUUUUGAAGGAAGAAGGAAAAGAAAAACCCGUAAUUUCGCAAGAAGAGCUACAUAGUAUUGCUGACGCUGUCGCCAAUCUUUCCUCGUGCUCUUCACUGCAAAAUGAACUCGAAGAAUUGAAUGAGCUGCGCGGAGAGAGAGAAGAAUAUAAAGAAAGCAAAAACGGCGUCGAAGAAUCGUUUAGUAAAAGACAACUUGAAAAGAAACUUGAUAAAGUCAUUAAGAAACUUGAAGAAGAAAUUCAUUCACGAGACGCACUUUCCGUUGCGACGAUUGACGCUGAUAAAGACGGCGUUGUUUCAUUGGAUGAACUAAUUAACGCGGCCAAAGCUCGCAAUAUCCCAUUGGAGGAAUCACGUCUUGCAAUAAUCGCUAAAUGUCUUGAUAUUGAUAAUGAUGGGAAACUCGUUCUUAAAGAAAUCCAUGACGUUUUCGAGGCUCUUGAAAAAGAAGAAACUAAUAUUAGUAUUGAAGAUAUUAAGCGCGUUGCUGCCCUUCUCGCAGCUGAAAGUAAAACUAAAAAGCCUUAAAACUAAACUAAAAAUGAAAUAUCGUACAAAAACGGAAAUGUCAAUAAUAAAAAGUUCAGCAACUUCAAAGUUAAAUU